UCGGCUGCUUCUGGGCACCUCGAUGUUGUCGUCUGGCUCCACGAAAACCGGGCGGAAGGUUGCACGGCAGAUGCGAUGGAUUGCGCCGCGGCGCACGGGCACCUUGACGUCGUUCGUUGGCUACAUCAGAACCGACCGGAGGGCUGCUCCACCUUGGCAAUGGAUAACGCGGCGGCAACGGGAAACUAUGAAGUUCUUGUCUGGCUUCACGAAAACCGGAUGGAGGGCGCUACAACAGGCGCUAUGGACCGCGCUACCGCUGGCGGCUUUCUCCGCGUUGAUCGCUGGUUGCAUACCACUCGCUCAGAAGGAUGUACCGUUGCAGCUAUGGACGGAGCAGCCGCAAACAACCAUCUGCGACUUGUCCAAUCGCUUCACCAUAUCCGUGUUGAGGGGUGUACGCCAUCUGCCAUGGACACGGCGGCAAUGGCUGCUGCUACUCCUACGCUGCAAUUUCUUCGUCGCGGUCGCACAGAGGGUUGUACCCGGUCGGGUUUCCGUUGGUCGGUUGCUAGCGGCAACCUGCACAUCGCGCGAUGGCUCGCGCUGUACUAUCCCCUUUCUUUUGAUGCUGGCGCGGUCGCUUCGGCCGCCGCCGAAUAUGGUUGGACUUCUGAGAUCAUCCGCGUGGCUUUUGCGAUCGACUUGGUCACACCAUAG